CUGUAAACAGUAAAAGCGUGCGUGAGAUAAAUUUUCCCCACUUCGGUAUUAUUGUAAUAUUCCAUUCUUUUUAUUAUUAUUAUUAUUAUUUCUGAACAGAAGAUCUUAAAACAUGGUUAAAAGGAAGAGAACUGAAACACAGCUUGUUGAAAGUAAUGAAGUUGAAAAUGAAGCAAAGAGAGCAAAAUGGAUAAAUAAGCAGAGAGUGCUAAUUUUUGCCUCUAGGGGUAUAUCUUUCAGAGAUCGUCAUUUGAUGAAUAAUUUAAGAACUUUGAUGCCUCAUUCUAAACCAGAUUCAAAAAUGGAUAAGAAAUGCUCCCUGCUUAUGAUUAAUGAGAUCUGUGAAAUGAAAAAUUGUAAUCAAUGCAUUUACUUUGAGAAUAAAAAACAUAAAGAUUUGUACAUGUGGAUUUCCAAAGUGCCUAAUGGGCCCUCUGCUAAAUUUUUGGUUGAAAAUGUACAUACAAUGGAAGAAUUGAAAUUGACUGGCAAUUGUUUGAAAGCAUCAAGACCAAUUUUGUCAUUUGAUAACACUUUUGAAUCAGAGCCACACCUCAUGCUUUUGAAAGAAGUUUUAAUUCAAGUUUUUGGUACACCUAAUCAUCAUCCCAAAAGCCAACCCUUUUUUGAUCAUGUAUUCAGUUUUAAAUUUCUUGAUAAUAGAAUAUGGUUUCGUAAUUACCAAAUUGAAGAUGAUGGUGCAUCCUUAGUUGAAAUAGGCCCAAGAUUUACUAUGAAUCUGAUAAAGAUAUUUGAUGGAAGUUUUUGUGGUUCUGUUUUAUAUACCAAUACAAAUUAUGUAACACCAAGUAUGCAUCGAAGAAAUCUGAAGGUUGAGGCAGUGAAUCGAUAUAAAAACAAAUUUGAUGCUAAGAAAUUAUUAGCAAUGAGAAGACCUGAGAAAUCAUAUCCUAUAGAUCCAGCAAAUGAAGUGUUCCAAACAGAAGUGGAUGAUAAAGAUGACUGAACACUGUGUAUAGUUUAUGUAUAUACUAAUAACAAUAAAAUAUUUUAUGUAUA